UCUGACUGCGAGCAACACGCGGGAACAAGACCGAUUCAUUAAACUGAGCCUCAAAUGUCUGCAUGUUGACGUAUCUGAUUUUUAUGCUGCAUAUGUGAUUACAUUUUUUGUUUAAACUUAUUACUUUGGACAAAAAUGAUGCUGACUAAUAAGCUGCUGACCCUGGUGCUGGUGGUGCAGCCCGGCCGGGUGUUGUUGGGCAUGAAGAAAAGAGGUUUUGGAGCUGGCAAAUGGAAUGGGUUUGGAGGGAAAGUCCAGCCAGGAGAGACUAUAGAGCAGGCGGCCAGACGGGAGCUGCUAGAGGAAAGUGGCCUCACCGUUGACACCCUCCACAAGAUUGGAAAUAUCAAAUUUGAGUUUAUUGGGGAAACAGAACUGCUGGAUGUCCACAUUUUCAGAGCUGACACCUAUAAAGGAGAGCCAACCGAAUCAGACGAGAUGAGGCCACAGUGGUUUGACACAGAUAAAAUACCUUUCAGCCAGAUGUGGGCAGAUGACGUCCUGUGGUUCCCAUUGUUGCUUCAAAAAAGGAAGUUCUUGGGGUAUUUUAAAUUCCAUGGUCACGACGUGAUAGUUGAGCAUAAACUGGAGGAAGUGGAGGAUGUGUGAUUAGGGUCUUAAUACCACUAAUGGGCAUUGCCACUGCAUCAGUGGAAAUUAUCCAGCAAGAUCUGAUGAUCACACUACUGAGUCUCAUGGAUAUGGCCAAGUGAAAACAUGAGAUAUAAAAUGCUGUAUUUUAAUGUCCUAAAUGUACAGCAUGUUGUAUAAGCGCUUGUUUUUGCAUGAGAAAGUGGUGUUUUCUGUUAAUUUGAUGUCCUGUUUAUAUUCACACAGGUUCAGUUCACACAUGUAUCUUCUGUAUUCUGAUGAUUUGUGUUUACCUUUUUCUUUUUUGCUUUGUUCAUCAUUUCAUCAUUCCUACAACGUUUUUUUAGUACCAAAAAUCAUAUCUUUUUUCAUGUUCAACUACCUGUCAUCUAAAUAAAAUGUUAAAAAGUGCUUAAUUAAAUUAA